UAGAGAUUAGCAGCUGCUCCUCCUCCUAUUCUCCUCUACCCAAUAUCCUUUUUUGGGCCCUUCUUGUGUGUUUGUGCCUGUUUUGAAUGUGGCAAACACACAGUGAGGAGAUGGUGCUCACAGUGUUGUGUAGGAUCUGACAGGGUGAGGGCAAGAAAGGAGGAGAAAACCUGGUCCAUAAUGGGAUGCUGCAGUUUGACCCAGAGGCACACCGGUGUGGAUGAGGUGGGUCCUGAUGAGAUCGAGCUCCUGGAACUCUCUGGAGACCAUUUAGGGGUGUGGAGUUUGGGAGCGACUAGGCUUCAAUUGUCAGCGAGGAGCAGCAGAGAAGACAAGCCGCCGCCAUCACAGCACACUUCAGUACCACACCUGGAGCAGGAACUUACUCAUACUGCGGUGCUGUGGGGCAAGAGCAGAGACGAACUGCACCAGAGGAUCUACUCCCAGCAGCCAAUCAGAGGCUGGGAGGGUCGACCUGCUCACAUGUAUGGAGAGAUCGUACACUCCUCCCUUGCGUGUCUGCACUGCAAAUACCCUCAGGAGAAACGUGAGCAUUUCCUGGUUUUAUUCUCUUUCCACCUGCUGCUCCUCUCCCUGGAUCACACACAGAAAGACUUCAUUUAUGAGGGCAUGCUUCCACUUUCCGGUCUUUCGUUUCAGGUCAUCCCUAUGGUGCGUGACCUCUCUCAGUCACCUCACAUGUUUGAGAUCAGCAGUUCAAUGUUGGAACCUAAGAUCUUCAUAUGCUCUAAUGCUGCAGAAUUACAGACAUGGAUGAAAUACAUAAAAGACAGGAGAUCCAAGUCUAUUACUCAACCAAUGAGUCCUUCUCACUGUGCUCUUUCCUUUCUGCUGCCUUGUGAUGAGCACUGGAAAAGAGAGGAGCUGAAGAAAUACUUGAUACAUGCUCCUAUAUGGGAGUGGGAGGGUUCGCCUAUACAACACAUGGGCCCGCCAGGAUACAUCUCAGUGGUCCAUAUCAUCAACACACAAAGACAGGGCCUCCAAGAAAGACUGAUGAUUCUCUUCCCUCAAGACAUCCUGCUGCUGUCAGUGGACAACAAGCAACUCAAUAUCACAUACCAGGGCAGGCUGCCCCGUCAAGGUGUCAAAGCCACAGAGAAAUCAGCUCGACCGGGACGACUUGAGUUUGAGCUACGAGGAGAGCUGGUGGAGCCUCUGCAGGUCUUGUGUACCUGCCUGGAAGAUUAUAAGAACUGGAUCUUUCAUUUACAGCAGCCAAUCCCAGACAGAAGCGUCCACACUGCUGUGACUCCCACUGCACCAACACUCAUACCAAAACUGCCCAGAGGCCACAAGGAGGCGAUCAUCACUACUGACCAAUAUUAUGUCAAUGGACGCAGUUGAAUGCAGAAUAGUUUUGCUUCGACUGUAUGUGCAGCUCAAAAAUAAAACUUGUUUAGAUGUUGUGGACAGGUACAUUAGUUGUUACAAAAAGGGGGAAAUGGUUGAAAAAAGAGUGAUGCCUUCUCAAACUAAUUUUGUUUUUGUUACAUGAAGGUUUUUUUGUUUUGUUUGUUUUUUUACUUUUUCUAAGAUAUAAAUUGCUUUAGGACAAAAUAAAUAUUAUAGUUCCAUCCAGCCAAAUAUAGUAUUUCUGAUCAGAGUACUGUAUGCUAAAACGUUAUUUCUCAUUUACAAAAAUUAGAACUAAUGCAUAAAGUCAAUGAUGGUGUGUAUAUACAGUGCUUAACAAAUUUAUUAAAGCCACAACCCAAUGAAAUGUUUAAGCCACAGAUGCACAGCAUUGGUAUAAUCAAAAUCAUUUUUUUGAUUGAUUUUUUUGUUAUCACUGUUUCUAUAACAGUUAAAUCAAGUUUUUAUAUAGCCCUUAAUUACAGUCGUGGUCACGGUUAUUAGCACCCCUUAAUUUUGUGUUUCUUGGAUCCAUCUGUAAGAUUUUUGCACUUCUCAUGUAAUAUUUUCUCCUACUCUUCCUUUGCAAUUUGUUCAAGCUCUUGAACAUUUGCAGGGUUCUUUUCCGCAAUGGCAGAUUUCAGCUCCCCCGAACGUUUUUCAAUUGGAUUGAGAUCAGGACUCUUUGCUGGCCAUUUUAAAACAAUUUUUUUCCUUUUCAACUGUGCUUUGGGUCUUUGUCUUGCUGGAGGACCCAUGAUCUUCACUUCAAACCAAGUUUUCUUACACUGGGUAAGACAUUUCCCUUUAGAAUCUCUCUAACUUUUCUUAUUUCAUGAUACCUGUGACACAAUCGAGGGCUCCUGUACCAAAUGGAGCAAAGCAGCCCCACAGUAUUAUGGA